GAUUGUAAAUAUUUAAUGAAUAAAAAAAAAUUUCUAAAUUAACUUUAUGUUAGGUAUUUGUUUUAAAAUUAUAAGAUUUUUUCCUACAAAAUAGUAAUUAAUUAAUCUACUUACAGUAAUCAAUAUUAUUCAAAAAUACCUGUUUAACUUUUAUUUAUUUACUGUGAAUUGGAAAUGUCUUCUUCAGAUAUUGUUUCUUUAGAUGACAACAGUAUAGUGAUAAAUGAUUUACCAAAUGAUACAGAAGCAGCCAUAAGGUAUAUUAAGACAUUAUUACCAGCAACUUUAAACGAUACAUUUAAAUAUCCACCAAUUGUAUUUAUUCAUCAACUUAAAGAUAUAAUACACAAUGAGACAUUAAUUAAUAAAGAGUUGGAUAUAUUAAAAAACCAGUGCAAAAUACAAUUACUUACAAUUGGAGUAUCUGAUACUUCUUCAGCCUUAAUAUUAUAUGAAGAUUAUGUAAAAUACACUUUAAACAUUUAUCCAGAAAAUUGUUGUGUCAAAAAAUUUUUGAACAUAAUUAUACCUUCAAUAAAAUCAUUUUUAGUGGAAAAAUGUAUUUUGCGACAACAAUUUAAAUUACAACAAUAUGAAAUAACAGAAUUGAUCAAUUGUGGACUUUUAUUGAUUAGAAAUCAAGAAAGUUAUUGGGUAUCUUUUCCAUCAUCUGGCAGUUUUAUAAAGCGUUACAAUGAAGGCCGAAAAUAUAUUAUUCAAAUAAUCAAACGGAGAAAAUUUCAAGAAAUAUUAGAAAACUCCUCAAGACUAAUAAAUCGCCAUACACCAUAUCCUUCUUCCUAUGUUUAUUUCGUUUAUUGGAUACAUUUUUCUUAAGGCAAAUUUUACUGAGUAUUUCUGAACAUUUUGUUUUACCUGAUUCUGCUCUGCCUACUUAGUACAACAAGCAAACAGAGUAAUAGAUAUCAUAUCCUAAUCAUUUUAUAAAAAAUUAUAUUGUAAAUGUACUUUCUUAAAUAUUUUAUGUGGUAUAUGGAUGGCCAACUGAAAAUUAAAUAAUUUCAUGAAUCUUGUAUAUUUUUUAAUUAUACAAUUUUAUCUGUCAAAUUGCCUUUUUUUUAAUUGGAUUUGGUGAUGUACUCAUUUAACUCAUUUCAGCUGAUGUCUUCCAAGAGAGUACUCUCUCCUGUUCUUUAUAAUAUAUUUGCCACUGAUCAAUCUACCACCUUAAAAACAGAGUUGCUAAUUUACACAAUCUAUAAUUUACAUCAAUUUGGAUCCUGUUGAACUUUCACAAAUAACCUAACCUAAAUUAUAGUUUAAAAUAAGUUAAUAUAAAUCCGACCACACUACAUUUACAAUCACCGGGUUAUGCAAAAAUUAAGUUUUUUUCUUCAAAAUUUUCAAGAAAAUUACUUUAAAAAAUCUAACUAAAAAUUAGUAGUGGAUAGCCAGAGAAAAUAUUUUUUAUGCAUUAAAACUAUUGGGGUUCUAAUUAUCGAGCUGUAAUAAUUUAAUGUUGAAAGCUUAAUAAAAGUAGCUAAAAAUCUAAAAAUAAAAGUAGGGAUUUCAUGAUAAAGGUAGACAUAAAUCAAGGUUCCACGGAUAAAAAUUUUUUUAAAAUGCUGCCCUACAAUGUGCAUUAUGCAUCUCAAAGCCAAAUUUAACGAUAUAACAUAGAUUAUCCCUAUAAAUAGAUAUUGAUCUAUUGAUUUGUUUCUCUCAGAAUCGUAUAUUCUUUUU